AUGCUAAAACAUCAACAAUCGACUCGUAAUAGUGCUCACACUUUGGCGUUAGAUUCAACAGGGACUCGCGACUUUGAUCAUGUAUGGUCAUCACGAAAAGAAAUUGCUACCCUGCGUAGUGUGUUUGGAUAUCAAUGGAUUAUCGGACAUGCUCCACUAUGGAUAUUCAUCUUUGUAGUGUGCGCGUUCUAUCUCGGUGCUGGACAUAAUCCGAACCAAUACACAGGCAAUAUAGACGUUGCUGUAGUCGAUUUCGAUGGCGAACAAGCAGGUGGCUUCUUUCUCGAUGCAUUUCGAGCUACACCACCUGGAAACCUGACUCUUCGCUGGCGAUACAAGUAUCCGAAUGACUAUGGCAACAGUGUGAAUGAGAUUCAACAAGCUGUCGAUGAUGGACAAGUGUGGGCUAUCGUAGUGCUUCGCCCAAACACCACGUCGACUAUUAAUAAGUCUUUACUCGCUCUGAUCAAUUCUACAACAUUGGUGACCUACCCAUUUGUUAACACACCUCCUGUGCUUGUUAUCUAUGAUGAAGGGCGAAACGCAUUUACUCAAAACAUUUUUGUAUUACCACCUAUUCGUGCAGCCAUUGCGACAGCCAAUAAUCAGUAUGGUCAAACACUUCGUACAACGAUCAUUUCCAAUUUAUCCUUCACAUCUCGUUCAAGUACUAAUCGAACAUUGCAACUACAGAAUACGCUACGUCUUCAACAUCUCCUUGCCAAUCCAUUUGUUGCAGAAUAUAAUAAUCUUCACCGUGCUCUUCCUUACGUAGGUCUGUUUGAAUCUAAUAUUAUUUAA